CCUGUUAUGAAUGGGGUCUGGUCCAUUGGGAACUCUUCUCUUGCUCAUGUAGUUGAGAUCUGAGACUGGAUGAACAUCAAUCUUCUUUCCUCCUUUCACCGUUGUACGUUUGAAACUUCCGGCCGGCCGAGAGUCCACCGUUGUCGUAGUUUUUGUAAUCCCAACCGAGAAGAACAAAAUAAAUCCCAUCAAUGCAAGUACCCCAAACAAGGCCUUAAAAGACCUUCCACUACAACCCAUCUCUUUUCUUUACCCUCUAUAUUUUUUAUAGAGGCAAGACAGCACAAGCUGAUAAUUGUUGUACUUUGUAUGGGUCUCCAAGAGGACAUCCAAGAGAAGAGAGACAAAACAGGUGACAAAAGAGAAGAGAUGGUGAGUUAAGGCAACUAAUUUUUUUUCUCUCUCUCUCUCUCU